AUGAAAGUAUCCAAAGUAAACUGUGUGAUGAUAAUUAAAACACGAUUGUGUUUUUUUCUAGGAUUUGAGCUAAUUGGUCAUAUCACCAAGACAUUAUAUGUUGACGAAAUAAGCUGUGGAUUGAGAUGCCUUCAAGAUGAAAACUGCCAAUCUUACAACAGCAAAUCCGAUGCUAAUGAUGCAAAGAAGGAAUGUCAACUGAGUAAUCAAACCGAAAAAUCAAAUCCAGAAAACCUGAGGCGUAACCCACGUUCUACUUAUUAUGGAAGAGGAUUUGAGCUAAUUGGUCAUAUCACCAAGACAUUAUACACUGACGAAAUAAGCUGUGGAUUGAGAUGCCUUCAAGAUGAAAAAUGCCAAUCUUACAACAGCAAAUCCCAUCCUAAUGAUGCAAAGAAGGAAUGUCAACUGAGUAACCAAACCGAAAAAUCAAGUCCGGAAAACCUGAGGCGUAACCCACGUUCUACUUAUUAUGGAAGAGGUAAACGAGGUUUGGAUUCUGCUCAUCCGGCCUUCUCCUGUAAGGAAAUUCUGAACUCUGGACACUCCAAAGGAGACGGGGAGUAUUGGAUCGACCCAGAGAAGAGUGGAAACCCUUUGAAGGUCUAUUGUGACAUGUCAAGAUAUGGUGGAGGUUGGCUUCUGGUGUCAAAUGUUGAGUUCGGCAGCCCCUCUUCUAAGGUGUCAGUUGAGACAUCAUACCGUGGGAUAGGUAAGUCAUAUAUGGUUCUGCAGAAAAGUGCCAUGAAAGAGCUCAGAAGACACUUGUCCUUUACUCAGCUGAGAUUCCACUGCCACAAGAAACAGGGACGCACAUUCCACGUGGUCACUACUUCCAACAGCUCAGGGGAAGCUGUGGUCCAGUACUUCAGCGGUCAGACAGAUGAGCAACCGGAUGCCUACAAUUCUAAUACAGACACCUGGCAAGGUUGA